AUGGGUAGCCAAAUCAACUCAGACUCUCCCACCAUCUCCAUCCCCCAGGGCAAGCUCGUCGGCGUCAAGCUGCACGACUCCCUCCCCGAACCUGUAGACGGAUGGCUAGGUGUCCCCUACGCUCAACCGCCCACAGGCGAUCUUCGCUUCCGCCUCCCUGUCAAAGUGUCACCCUCACCCGACACCGUCAUCGACGCCUCCAAGUAUGGCCCUGCAGGUCCCGGCAAGGCGCUUCUACCAGGCCCACCGCUUGAGAAGAGCGAGGAUUGUUUAACAGCCAAUGUCUUCCGUAAAUCAGCAGGUCAGCAUGAGAAGUUGCCCGUCGCGCUGUAUAUUCAUGGCGGCGCGUUCAACAGAGGCUCUGCGCAUAUGCACAAGACGGCGUCAAUGGUGGCCAAUGCGCCUGAGUCAUUUAUCGCGAUUAGCUUCAAUUAUCGUAUUGGAGCUUUGGGAUUUUUGCCUUCCAGUUUGAGUGCCAAAGAGGGUGCUUUGAACUUGGGUCUGAAGGAUCAGAUUCUUAUGAUGGAGUGGGUGCAGGAGAAUAUUGAGGCUUUCGGCGGCGACCCUAAAAAUGUCACCUUAUUUGGCCUCUCAGCUGGUGCUCAUUCUAUCGGUCACCAUAUCAUGCAUUACAAGGAGGGCGUCGCACCUCUCUUCCACAAAGCCAUCAUAGAGUCUGGCGCUCCCACAUCACGAGCAGUAAGGCCAUACGAUGCGCCCAUUCACGAAGCUCAGUUCAAAGACUUCCUCCGCGAAAUUGGUGUGCCUGAAGACCUUCCAGAAAACGAGAUCUUCCCUUACCUGCGGAAGCAGCCCGAGAAGGUCGUCACUGAUGCUCAAACCGCAAUCUUCGAUAAAUACAACCCUUCUCUGCGCUGGGCCUUCCAACCUGUCAUCGACGGCGAAAUCAUCGCACGUCCACCUCUCGAGACGUGGAAGCAGGGAAAGUGGCACAAGGUUCCCAUCAUGACUGGCUUUACCACCAAUGAGGGGUCUCUAUACGUCGACAAGACCAUGUCCGAAUCUUCUCAGUUCCGACACUUCUGGGCCGAGUUGCUACCUCUGCUUUCCUCGGAAGAUCUUGAUACCAUCGAAGAGCUAUACAGAGACCCUGCCAAGUAUGAGGAUUCAGAGUAUAAGGAAACUCGCAAGGAUAUGGGUUCUCAGUAUAAGCGCAUCGAGGCUGCAUACGCUCACUACGCUUACGUUGCCCCUGCGCGACAAACAGCCGAACUAGCAUCUCCAUCUGUCCCUGUUUAUCUCUACCACUGGGCAGCAUUAAGCACCGUGAACAACGGUGCUCAGCACGCCGACAACAUGCGAUACGAAGUGUGCGACCCCAAGGUCAUCGCUAUCUCUCAAACGCAGAAGGAUCUGGCCAAGACGCUCAACCACUAUGUCACCAGCUUUAUCGCAAAGGGCGACCCCAACGCCGUUGCAGGUGAAUACCCCGAUAGACCAAAGUGGGAGGCUUACAACGCCAAGGACCCCAAGGUGUUGAGAUUUGGCGAUGGGAAUGAGGAGUUGAUUGGGGGAGAUGCUGGAACUGCGGCUGUGUUUUCUAAUGAUGAAUGGGGCCGAAAGCAGUCUGAGUUCUGGUGGAGUAAGGUGGACAUCUCACAGCAGUGA